UCCAGUCUUCGUUCCGUCUAGAAUGCAUGGCUGCCGCCGGUAAGGAGCGUAUCGCCGUCCUUCCGGCGACGAGACUGAAAAGGGAGGACUGUAAACGCACUAAGCAUGACUCUGUUUUCUCUGAUUGGAAGGUCUUAAUUGGACCUUCUGAUUGGGAUGAUCAUUCGGUUGGUAAAGAAGGAGCAGAGAGAUAUAGGGUUCAUAAUCUCCCUAAUUCUGCUUCAUGUCCAGGAGUUUAUGAAUUGGGAAUAGCUAUACCAAACACAAAAGCAGGGCGUGAGACUCCUAGCAAGAAGAAUAAACAGCAGGAGGAUACAAUUGUUGUUUAUCUUGGACAAGCUGAUAACGUUAGAACCAGACUACAGAAUUAUGGACGUGAAGGAUCUCAUUUGGAGAAAGGGAAUUCAGUUAUUGAUCCAGCCAAAGAGAAACUUGGUUUGUUCAAAGAAGUUUUUGCAAGAGGCUAUGCUAUUCUAUACAGAUGGGCUCCUAUGAAAAGCAAAAGGGAUGCUGAAAAGACAGAGAGUCAGAUGCUUGAAAAUUUCGAUUACGCAUGGAAUAAAGAGAAAAAUGUUAUGCGUCGACCAUCUGAUAUCUUCCAAAAGCUUCAUCAAGGUAGUUCUACAACUUCAGGUUUCAUCCGGUUUCCAUUUUUUUUCAAACCGAAAAAAGUUGGUAUCAAGAUUGAAGCCUGCAAACCCUUUGAGAAUACAAACAACGAAAAGAAUGAUCUCUUUUCUCGAAUUCUCAGAAUGGGUAGGUCACUGCCUGUAACGAAUGAGAUUGAUACCGUCAUAUGUGGAGUUGCCUUGGGUGAAGGAACCAUUUGUAAACAAAAACCAGUCGAGGGAAGGAAACGCUGUUUGGAGCACAAAGGAAUGAAAAUCAAUGGUUCCACCUCUAAAAUGAUCAAAGACGAAGAAGAGAUAGGCAUCGAAACCAGUCCCGAGAAAGCUAAUAAUAAUGAACCGCCCACUUCAGAGAGUAUAUGUGGUCUCAACUUAGAAAAUGGGAAUUUCUGCAUGAUGCCUUCUGUAAAGGGUCGAAAGAGGUGUAAUCAACACAAAGGAAUGAGAGCUCAGGCUCAGAAAUCUAACAUCGAUUCUAAUACAUGUUCGGCUGCGAUGAAGAACGGAUCAGUUUGCAGCAGAGUGCCGGUUCAUGGAAGGAAGAGAUGCGAGCAACAUAAAGGGAUGAAGGCAGCAGCAUAUUGCAAAUGAUUGAUUAGUAGAUUAACCUUUAAGUUUUAUUGUUGUUGUUCUUUAAGAUUGUUUGUAUCUUCUAUCAGGUUUUGGACCACAUUUAUAUUCAUUUUAUAUACAAUGAAAGUGAAACUUAAUGUCAAAUUAUGAAACAAUUCAUAAAGUAACCAGGUUUACCAUUCA